AUGCCAGACCCGCCGCUGUUCCACGACGCCGUGUCGGAUCGAAGCACGGAUGGUCAGCGGCACAGCCUGCCCCCUUACUCAGAAGGCCAAACCCUUGCGCCGCCACCGGAUGCUGCCACCCUGCCCGCAUCGACACUGCCGCGCGACACCUUCUUCGAUGUGGCACCACGUAGCGAUUCCACCUCGUUCCAGGUGGGCUACCUCGGGCUCAAGGGCUUCCGAGCCUGGGUCAAGGGAGACGUGCUCGUCAAGCUCGACGAACGAAGCCGCUCCCUGGGCGGCUACACGCAGUGUACAGUCGAGUUCAAGGCCAUCGAGCGGGCCGCUCGAAGAGCGAGAGCAUCCGAUGGCCGCCAGGACUCGGCGCCCGACGCCAUACAAGGCACCGAAGCCGACGGCGAGGACGAAGUCGAGCUCUUUUCGGCAAGGCAGGUGCUGUGGGACGCCUCGGCCGCAACGAGCUCGACGGCCCCUAGCCCGGCACUACCUUCUACCAUGCCGUUCUCGUUCCCGCUCACGCCGGAUCUGCCCCACUGCAUCCACUCUCGGCAGAGCUCCCUGACCUACCACAUCGAAGCGCGCCUGGUCGGUCCGCCAUCGUCGGGGCUGACGGACGCCGUCAAGGUUGUGCCAGUCCACCUCACCCGCUAUACCCGACCAGGCCCUCUAGACCAGCACGCCCUCCAAGAGAUCGACGGCGCUGAGCUGCGCCGGGAUGAAUUCUCUCUAAGACCUCACACGUGGACAGUGCACUCGCCGACGACGGCCUACAUACAGCUCAACAAGACCAUCUUCCGACGAGCCGAGCCCAUCGACGUCAAGGUUCGUGUGGCGCCGCCCUCUCAGGAGAGUGUGACGGAAAAGGGCCUCAAGCUGCGCGCCGUGGAGGCCGACCUCGUGCGCAUCAUCACCGUCAAGAGGCCGGACUCUGCGAUGGACGGCAAGGCCAGGUCGCACGCCGACCAGGACACGCCAGGCUACCCGACCGCUGCCGAGGAGAAGGCCGCGCUGGCCAGCAUCCACGGUCAAGAUCCGACGGAAGCCAUGUCGAGCUCGCAAGCCGAGCCCAGCGGAUCACACGAUGACUAUGCUGCCGUUUUGGUCGGGCAAGAGGCGCUCCUGGCCCAUAGCGGCAAGCUGUGCAGAUUCCACUCGCAGAAGCCCGUCCUGCUGCGCCUGACGCUCCACCCGCCCUUUGACCCGGCCAACAUGCCACAUCCCCAUCCGGACCACGACGCGCUGGCCUCGGGCCCAGUGUUUGGCCGCGGGGGUGGUGGCGGCUGCGAGAGCAUCAGCCAGGAGACGGUGAUGCACGUGGUCAGUUUCGAGGUCAGGAUCAAGGUUGCCAUCCUCGGCGGCCACGGCGAGCGCCGAGACAUUGUCUGCAAGCGCCUGGUCCACAUCCUGCCGGGCGCGGCUGGGCCUUUGCAGUGCGACGAGGACGACGAAGGCCGAAAUCAGGACCUGUCGGCCGGGGACCUCGAUCAGGGCGCGUUUGCGCCGGGCAGGAGCUCUGAGAAGCGUGCCGAAAAGUCGCGAGACUUGGCUGACGCUGCGACAGGAUCCUCGAGCGGCGACGUGCACGAAGCGGGCCUCUUGGACUUUGGCAUGGACGAUGAGUACGACGGGUACGAGGACGUCGGUCGCAGCCUCGACGAACUGAUCAGCGAGGCCAACGGCGUCGACGAGCCCAGCUCGAGUUCUACCCAUGAAGAGCGGCUCGAGCAGCUGCGCCAGCUAUUGGACCAGUCUGACGAGACGGCAUCGCGAGAACCGCCGCCAACGCUGCUGGAGAGCCGCAACGACCUACAAGUCGAGGUCGAGGUCGAGGGCGUCGGCUUGGCGAUGCCGCGACAUCGGCAUCCGGCUGACACGCUGCCUGAGGGCAUUCUGGGGCAUGCAACUUCGUUGCCGUCCAUGCCGAUGCUCGGGACGCCUAUCGACGAUGGAUCGCUACAGCCCCACUAUGACGAACUCCAUCGACCCGCUUACCACGAAGCGGCGAUGGAGGAGCCACCUCCGCCGUUGUCUCCUACCGGCAGCGAGUCGGCAGACCUUGGCGACGAUGUCGAGGAGCGGAUCGAGCAGCUGCGCUCCCUGAGCCUGCGCAGGUCUGGCCCACUGCGAGGCUUCGUCAGCGAGGAGAGCUCGACGCAGUCGAUCCCGUCGUCUGGACGGCCGUCGCCGCCCCCUCCUCAUAGCCCUCCGCGUCCAUCAUACGCCAGUCUGGAACCGGAGCCGUCAUAUGAAGACGUCGUGGGAGAUAGAUCCGGUCACGGCGCGGUUGGUGGAACGUCUGCCGGUGCGGUGCUGGGCGGGCACAAUGAGCCGCCGCCCUACAUCGACAGCGGCCUACCGCAACGAGGCGGGUCUAGCGGUGCGCGACUUUCUUCCACCAGCGCUGCAGCCCUCGGCACCGACGGACGGCACCCGGGACGGCCGUCGACGCUCGAGCAGGCGACGUCGGCCACUUUUGAGGCCCCGCCUUCGUCGCCGCCACCACCGCUUUCGUCGGCCAACGACGACUCUGCGCGGCCCCCGGCCUACGGCACCUACGGCUCCUCGUCGGUCCGCACCUCGACGGCCGAUGCGGAUGGAUCGCAAGGUGCGACUCAGGUCCGGCCCUUUGUCUAUUCGCGGCCCUCGCAUGGUGGCGGCCCUCCCGGCUACGAAGACUAG